CUUAGCUCUCAUCACUCCUUUUUGCUCAAAACCCUAAUCCUGCUGAGAGAGGUGACACAAAGAGGAUGAAAGAUCGAAUAUAUAUUCUAAAAACCCUAGACAAUGAAACGAGACCAAUGAUAGGCUUUUAAUAUUGGGCCUUUAAGGCCCAUAUAUUCUCCCAAAACAAGUUUUAGCCCAAUAAUCUCAAGCGCCAGUACUGGUCUUCUUCUUCUUCUUCAUUUCUAAAGUUCCGGCUUAAACCCUUAUCCCCGUCGACCUUAAACCCGACGAUGUCUCUUCUCCGGCGAUUUGUCAAAGAAGCAAACAAUUCCAGAUUUCUCCAUCAAUCGAUCUCGGGACGUUCAUUCUCAACCGUAAAUCCCAAUCCAAUUUCUCCUCCUCGCCAUCGUCGUACUACCGCCGAAUUCGAUAACCUCAUCUACGAAGCCGGAAGCUCAGGCGACUUCGAAGCCGUACGCCGUCUACUCAACACCCGCGUCGUAAACGCUUGUUUCAACACAACCGCAACAUUCAAAUUCCUAACAAACACCGACUCUUACUCCUCUUCCUUAGAAGAUCUCCGCCGUGUUUUGCCUCAGACCGACGCCGGCUACACUCGUAAACACGCCUACGAAACUCUCAUUGCGCGUCUCUGCAAACUCAACCGGAUCGACGACGCUCUGAUCUUGAUCAACGAUAUGGCGAUCGGAAAAUUCGAGCUCUCAACCUCCACGUUUCACCCGAUCUUAAACACGCUCACGAAGAAGAACAAGAUCGAGGAAGCGUGGCGCGUUGUGAAACUGAUGAGAUCUCACGCCCUUCCGAUGGACGUGACGUCAUACAAUUACUUUUUGACUUCUCACUGUUACGACGGAGACGUGGCGGAGGCGAGCAAGGUGUUGAGGAAGAUGGAGGAAGACGAGGAUGGAAAGGUUAUGUCGCCGGACACGCGUACUUACGACGCGCUUGUAUUAGGCGCGUGUAAAUCGGGGAAGGUGGAAGCGGCGAUGGCGAUACUGAGGAGGAUGGAGGAAGAAGGGUUACCGGUGUUGUACGCCACGCAUGCGCACGUUAUUGGUGUGAUGGUGGAGAGUGGCUAUUAUGCGCUGAGCGUUGAGUUUGUGAUGGCUUACGCCGGGAGAGAUAAGAGAUUGGAUGAAGAGAACUUGGGAAGUUUGGCUAGUAAGCUAAUCAAGAGGAAGAGGUUUAAUGAAGCUAAGCUGGUUUUGAAGGAGAUGAGUGUUAGAGGAUUGAGAAUGGGUGAUGCUUUACGUGAUUUUUAUCAGACCAAUGUGUUAAAGUCUUGAUUUUGAUUACUUUUAAAAAAGAGACCAAUGUGGUCAAUGAAUCUGUAUGUAUUUGUGUUGUGGCUUCAAGUUCAAGAGUUCCUGUGCAAGUAUGAAUUUAUGGAUUUUACGAUU